CCACAGCAGCAGGAGGGGCGAGGCGGCCAGCCGCUGAUCCACCGGUAUCAUGGCUUCCUAACAGGAGGGGGAAGUGAAUGGGAGGAAAACAAGGAUUUUUCUUGUAUGCCCGACAGAUUAUCAUCCUUUCCAGAACUUGAGAUUGGGACAGAGGGGCCCGGCCUCCCUUUUCGCCCCCCACGGCCGCCCCAAAGGGAUCCAGGAUAUACUUUAAUUUUAUCGGUGAAUUUCCAUUCGUAAACCGUGGAAGAUGGCCGACCCGGCAGAGUGCACCAUCAAAGUGAUGUGCCGUUUUAGGCCCCUGAACAGCUCCGAGGUGGCCAGAGGCGACAAAUACAUUCCCAAGUUUCAAGGGGAAGAAAACGUUAUUAUCUCGGGCAAACCUUACAUGUUCGACAGAGUGUUUCAAUCAAAUACAACACAGGAACAAGUGUACAACGCCUGCGCCCAGAAGAUUGUAAAAGAUGUUCUGGAGGGAUACAAUGGAACCAUUUUUGCAUAUGGACAGACAUCAUCUGGCAAAACACACACCAUGGAGGGGAAUCUCCAUGACACAGAUGCAAUGGGCAUCAUCCCCAGGAUAGUUCAAGAUAUCUUCAACUACAUCUAUUCCAUGGAUGAAAACCUGGAGUUUCAUAUCAAAGUUUCAUAUUUUGAAAUUUACUUAGACAAGAUCCGGGACCUUUUGGAUGUGUCAAAGACCAAUUUGUCAGUGCAUGAAGACAAAAACAGAGUACCAUACGUCAAGGGCUGCACUGAGAGAUUUGUCUGCAGCCCAGAGGAGGUCAUGGACACAAUUGAUGAAGGCAAAUCAAACAGACAUGUAGCAGUGACAAACAUGAACGAACACAGCUCCAGGAGUCACAGUAUCUUCCUGAUAAACGUCAAACAGGAGAACACUCAGACAGAGCAGAAGCUCAGUGGCAAACUCUACCUGGUGGAUCUGGCUGGCAGUGAAAAGGUCAGUAAAACAGGAGCAGAGGGAGCUGUGCUGGAUGAAGCCAAGAACAUCAACAAGUCUCUGUCGUCCUUGGGAAACGUCAUCUCUGCUCUGGCAGAAGGAACAGCCUACAUCCCCUACCGAGACAGCAAGAUGACCCGUAUCCUUCAGGACUCGCUUGGUGGUAACUGUCGAACCACCAUUGUCAUCUGCUGCUCGCCUUCCUCCUAUAAUGAGGCCGAAACCAAAUCCACCCUCAUGUUUGGACAAAGAGCAAAGACCAUCAAGAACACUGUCACUGUGAACGUGGAGCUGACAGCAGAGCAGUGGAAGCAGAAAUAUGAAAGGGAGAAGGAGAAGAAUAAGACCCUGAGGAACACCAUCAACUGGUUGGAGAACGAGCUUAACCGUUGGAGGAAUGGUGAAAGUGUGCCAGUAGAGGAGCAGUUCGACAAGGAGAAGGCCAAUGCCGAGGUGCAGGCCUUGGACAACAUCAUCAACGAAAAGCAGGCCUCCACACCCAACGUGCCGGGUGUUCGCCUCACCGACGUGGAGAAGGACAAGUGUGAGGCCGAGCUGGCCAAACUUUACAAACAGCUGGAUGAUAAGGACGAGGAAAUCAACCAGCAGAGCCAGCUGGCUGAAAAGCUGAAGCAGCAGAUGCUGGACCAGGAGGAGCUCUUAGCCUCCUCACGCCGCGAUCACGAGAACCUCCAGGCAGAGCUGAACCGCCUGCAGGCAGAGAACGAGGCCUCCAAAGACGAGGUGAAGGAGGUGCUGCAGGCUCUGGAAGAGCUGGCUGUCAACUAUGACCAGAAGAGCCAGGAGGUGGAGGAUAAGACCAAGGAGUUUGAGGCCAUCAGCGAAGAGCUCAGCCAGAAAUCGUCCAUUCUGUCGUCUCUGGACUCUGAGCUCCAGAAGCUGAAGGAGAUGUCCAACCACCAGAAGAAGAGGGUGACCGAGAUGAUGUCUUCACUGCUCAAAGACCUGGCUGAGAUUGGCAUCGCUGUAGGAAGCAAUGACAUCAAGCAACACGAGGGCAGUGGCCUGAUUGAUGAGGAGUUCACAGUGGCCCGCCUCUACAUCAGUAAGAUGAAAUCCGAAGUGAAGACCAUGGCGAAACGCUGCAAGCAGCUGGAAGGCACCCAAUCAGAGAGCAACAAGAAGAUGGAUGAGAAUGAGAAGGAGCUGGCUGCCUGCCAGCUGCGCAUCUCCCAGCACGAGGCUAAAAUCAAGUCUCUGACUGAGUACCUGCAAAACGUGGAGCACAAGAAGAGGCAGCUGGAGGAGAACGUGGACUCUCUCAAUGAGGAGCUUGUCAAGCUCAGCGCUCAGGAGAAAGUCCAUGCUAUGGAGAAGGAGAAUGAGAUCCAGACUGCCAAUGAAGUCAAGGAAGCGGUGGAGAAGCAGAUCCACUCCCACCGUGAAGCUCAUCACAAGCAGAUCAGCAGCCUGAGAGAUGAGCUGGACAACAAGGAGAAACUCAUCACUGAGCUGCAGGAUCUGAACCAGAAGAUCAUGCUGGAGCAGGAGAGACUCAGAGUAGAGCACGAGAAACUCAAAUCCACCGACCAAGAGAAGAGCCGCAAGCUGCAUGAGCUUACGGUGAUGCAGGACAGAAGGGAGCAGGCCAGACAGGACCUGAAGGGUCUGGAGGAGACAGUGGCCAAGGAGCUGCAGACCCUGCACAAUUUGAGGAAGCUUUUUGUCCAGGAUUUGGCUACCAGAGUGAAAAAGAGCGCUGAGAUGGACUCGGAUGACACAGGCGGCAGCGCAGCACAGAAACAGAAAAUCUCCUUUCUUGAGAACAAUCUUGAGCAACUCACCAAGGUUCACAAACAGCUGGUACGUGACAAUGCAGACCUGCGCUGUGAGCUUCCUAAACUGGAAAAACGUCUUCGUGCUACAGCUGAGCGGGUCAAGGCCCUUGAAUCUGCUCUGAAGGAGGCCAAGGAGAACGCCGCCCGUGACCGCAAGCGCUACCAGCAGGAGGUUGAUCGCAUCAAGGAGGCUGUCAGGGCCAAGAACAUGGCCAGGAGGGGACAUUCAGCCCAGAUCGCUAAGCCUAUCCGGCCUGGGCAGCAGCCAGUGGCGUCUCCCACCCACCCCAACAUCAACCGCAGCGGAGGUGGUUUCUACCAGAACAGCCAGACGGUGUCCAUCAGGGGAGGAAGCAGCGGCGGCAAGCCAGACAAGAACUAAAGAGCAGCGGGAUAGAAGGACGACACCACUGAAGAAGCCAAUCCCCACCCCACCCCCACCCCACCCCACCCCACCCCGACAACCUGUCAUUCCAUUACAGCGAACAGGCUCCUCGUCGCUGCUUUGGAGCCACGAAGGAGUUUCUGAAUUAUAAAUAUAUAUAUAUAAAUAUUCCUGGCCUGUACAGCUCCAGCCCCAACACCUCGACCCACUCCCCCCCCUCCCCCCAAUUCUCAUCAUGACUUAUCUCUUUUUCUCGUACUGGAUAUAAUAAUAAUAAUAAUUAAAAAAACAAAACAAAAACAAAUUUAAUUUACAAAAGGCAAGAUAAUAUUCGUAUCCACCGAACCAAACGCAGUCUUGAGCGCAGCCUUGGCGAGCGAAACCGGCGAACACCUUAAAACGUGUAGCUCGGGUUUCGUUAUUGUUUUGCACAGUCUGUCGUCAUCCGUCGUCGUUGUGCGAGUAGUUCUGCACUGUGCCAUGCUGAAUGUAAGGGUAGCAAGAUCCGAAAAAGAUGAAAACACUUCCUAAAAUGAAACAAAAAAGAAAACAAAGGAGACCCUACCACGAGAAAUAGCUUGUCCCUAUAGGCUAACCUCUGUACAUUUCAUCAUUACCAUUAUUGGUUGUUAACCACACUUUUCUCUGAAUAGAUUUUACAUGCUACUUUAAGUAAAAAAAAAAACUACAAAAAAACUGUAUGGUUUUGAAUUGACUAGAUGGCGUCGAGCACUACUGUUCUGUCCAGUCUUGUACAGAUGUAAAAUUGGCACUACUGCACACGCUUCCCUGGAGAGAGAGACAGAGAGAGCUGUACGGAAACAGCAGAGGGAACGGCUAAAAGAAGGAUAAAAAAAAAAACAAACAGCCACGACGUGCGACAGUGUACUGUAGAUGUAUUUAACUAAAUACCUGUGGAGGCCAAUUGUUUUUAUCAUUAAGUUAAAAUAAAACCUAUACUCGUUAUUGGUGACUUCAUGAGAAGGAUGCAAAGAAUGUAGACGGAAGGAAGGAAGGAAGAGAAUGAUCUGGUUAACACAACAAACUUCCACCUUUUAGCAUAGCCUAUGCUAAGUAGCUAAAUGUACUGUUUUUACUUCUCUCAGUGGUUAAUAAUGCUGUGUUAAUGAGCGCUAUUUAUCUCUCUGCACAUUGGAGCACAUAGUCUGCAGGCAUAUAGACUGAGAUAGCACACACAAUGCUUGUCCUGUCCUAGCUGGGUCGCUGUCACUCACUCAUCUCCAGGACCUGUUUUUGGUUUUUUUUUGUUUGUUUUUUUAGUUGUAACUGUUUGACCCCUGCCGUACCGUAUCAUGAUUUCUUUUUAAGGGUGCCUCGGCUUUUUUUUUUUUUUUUUUUUUGGUCUUCCCUCCCACACCCCUUUUUUUUGUUGUUUCUUAUAGAUGUAGGACCUGUAACUGUAUUUGCCCCUUUAUGGUUGUAAAUUUGCAUAAAAGCAAUGUGUUUUGCUGGGUUUUUAUGUACUGUAUCUCUUUCAUUGUUCCAUAGAUCAUGUUAGAUGCAUAUUCGCAGUGGGUGCGGGGAGUGUCAGUCGAUGGGUCGGACCCUUGCCGCUGAUCAGCCAGUCAGGAGAGCAGGGUCUUAAAUUGCACAACAAUCUUCUGUCAUCAUCUGUAGGAGGGGUUUAUUUAAUUCAGUCUAGUCCGGGGUGUAGGAUUUAUUUUGUGUUUUAUUGUCUUUGUUGUGUUUUCUAAUCCCCACCACAGCUUUGAUUUUUUUUUUUUUUUUUUAAAUUUACAUCCCAUGAAGCCCCACUGCAUCGGCAAAGAGCUUGUUGUAAUUGUAACCCCAGCGUGAGAACACUAACAUCUUGUGCAAGUGCAAUAUACUGUAAAAUACACUGAAUAUCAGUCGACUGGCAGGUGUGAUCAGGCUGUGCUUGCAGCGGUAAUCCUGCCAUGCGGAGUCAAAAAGCUCUUCUCGUUAGCUUCUGCUCUGCUAACAUUUGGUGUCUCAUCGAGGGCUUCUUUUGUAGGUAUUUCUAAAAAGCUAAAACAUGACAGAGCAGAUUUUCCACACCAUAUUCUUAAAUAUAAAGUAUCUACCACUGUGCCAGACAGUAAACUCCCUUUUGAUGACAAAAUGGUGACACUUUACUAUCCAGUGCAGUUGUAGAUAUUUAAAUUACAAAUGAAUAAAAGCUUUUUAGAAACAGAGAUAAAAGAAACUUUCUACAGCCACAUACUAGCAGAACAAAUCUAGCUUGAAAAAGUGCGACAGGAUUUUGGCUUUCUAACAUGUCAUACUAAAACUUGUCAUCUUGUAACAGGAAUGUUGGGUUUAAUAGCACUUCUUCACAAAACCUGCACUCAGAAAAACACUCCAUGUGGCUGUUUUUGACUGGAGGAAAGAGAAGUUUUCCAAAGCCCUGUAAAUGGAACUGUUUGAUGACAGCAAAUAAUUUAAGAAGUAAUAAUUACGUUCUACAAGCUGCAGGGAGGAGUCACUCUCCCGUGUCUAUGACAGGACGGUUUUUUGGUGUCUAUCGAGAUGGUUUAUUCCCUCUGUGUAAUCUUCUAGAUUAGGUGAGACUUUGCAGCAUGGACCUCAAAAUGUUUAUCCUUUGACCUUCCACCAAAACUGGAUAUGAAAUGGGGAAAAAAUAGAUAAUGGAAAAACAGCAAAGAAUAUUUGAAUUUUGCAUUAAUUCUAAAUUAAAUUAAAAGAAAGAAAAAAAACAAAGUGUAGCCACUUUUUUUAUUACUGUGUAAUAGUUGGUCAAUUUUUAAAGGACAGUUUUGAGGAUCCAUGAGUGGACAAGGUACUGGAUCAUUCCUGGAGAACUGGGGCACAAAUAGCAGGGCUCUGAUAUGGACGGAGAUGGGAAGUACAUGAGAUCACAGUUUUGGAUUGAUUGCAUGAUGUAAAUGUAUGUGUGAUUAAAUAAUUAUGACAAAA